AUGGAACUUACAUCUUUGCCUAAAUUCCUUUGGACAAGUGACAACAAAUUUCUGCAUCACCAAUUUCCGGACAUAUUGGCUACGGUUCAUACCACACAAGACAUUCCUGAAGAAGUUGUUUUUGGACCAUGCAUGCUCCAGAACACCCUGCUGGACACUGUAGCUUUUAUUGCUCUCAAGUGUUCUGAUAGACGGAACAUCCACUAUGUUUUUAAGGUAGACGUUACGUCUGUGCACAGUCCCACAGGGCUGCCUUGGAUGAGACUUGUACAAGCAGCUGCCAAUAGCAAGGAGCAGAACUUGGAAGCUUACUUAGAAAACAGUCAGUUAUAUUAUCGCUCUACCAGGAAAAUCAACAAAAAUGAGGAGCUGCUUGUCUGGUAUGAUGAGGAGCUUUCCAGCCUCUUGGGUUUCAAUGAGAUAAAAGCUCAGAGUCCCCAGAAUGAGUUGAGAUGCCAAGAAUGCAGCCGAGUCUUUAAAUGUGAGCAUUCCUAUCUCUCCCAUGUCCGCUUCCUGUGUGUCCCAGAGAAGAGCGCCCUGCUAUGGAGAAAAUUCCAGAACCUUAAGACUGAAAAGAGCAACUUAGCUGAGCAGACCACGAAUUUCCACAGCCUGGCAAGGGAUCUAGAGGUCAAAAUGGCAGCUUGUAAAGAUGAUGCCCAUGGUCUCACAGGAGAAAGGAGAGCAAAAUCUGAAGAGGCUGAGAACACCAGGAGCAGGAAAACAGUGUUGUUGGAGAAAACCAAUAAUCUGAGUGAGGAACAUAACUGUGGGGGCAAGGAAGAGGUUGGGGCAGAGCAUGCAUUGGCUGGUUCUUUCUGGAAAUCUAGUUCAGGGAGGCAGUCAGCUAGGAAGGAUGCUUUAGAGCAGAAGCAGAGCGCUUUCACUGAGGUCAGGAGGAUGAAGGAGAAGCUGAGGAAUGAGAAACCGAAGGAGCCAGAACAGGAGGAUGGCACAGUCCCACCUGGUAAAGAGCAGGUAUCAAAGGAAGUGUUGCUGAACUCCUCCGGUAGUGCAUUCUCCUUUGUGUGGCCCACCAGAGCCCGAGGAGAGCAGAAGAGUGCUUUCAGCCAACCCAGUAAGUGUCUAACAGAAAGAGCUGCAAUAAAUUCUUCUCAUCCCAUGAGUGAGUCACCAAAGAGCCUGGGGGAGCUGUCUGGCUUCAUUGCCACCACAGACAUCAUGUGCUGCAGCACUCUUCUCAAUUCCAAGUUCUUUGUCAGUGAUUUGUGUAAUGCUCAGAUGCUGCAGACAAGCAUCACUCGGAGCAAUGUUUUCCCAUAUACCUCAGAACCGUGGCCCAAACAAGCAGGAGGACAGUUACAAAACACAACCACCACUUCUUCCUCCUCCUCUUCUUCCUUGACUCUUCUUCCCCCCACCUUCACGUCCUUUGGAGUGGCUGCCCAGAAUUGGUGUGCCAAAUGUAACCUGUCCUUUCGCAUGACAUCUGAUUUAGUCUUCCACAUGCGGUCACAUCACAAAAAAGAAUACUCCUCAACUGAAUCCCAGUGCAAGAGGAGACGAGAGGAGAAGCUAACAUGUCCCAUUUGUCACGAGUAUUUCCGAGAACGCCAUCAUUUAUCCCGGCACAUGACUUCUCAUAAUUAG